CUUCUUGUCCCAACAGAUGUGUGGCGUGUAUUCUGUAAAGAAAUGUGUACAGUAGGUUAGUAAUCUGCAAUAUAAUCCUGAAUAUCCUUGCCGAACACAUGAGAGCGAAAGGGGGUGGGCAGGGGAUUACAUGACAUGCCCUUAAAUUACAUUGCGUCUCCAGUGGAGACUUCAGUCAUAGAUGAGGAUCCGAUCAUUCAAGUUUCCUGUCUGACAGUCGAAAAUUUCUGCUUGUUUUUGGACGAAAUCACAACUACAGAGCAGCAGGGCAAAGUUGAGACUGUGAUGCUGUAGCAGCAAUGUCACAGCUUUAUUACAGGAAAGCUGACAACUCCUCAUACAGGGACUGCAUCCCGCUGCGGAUUGUGCGGGCAGAGUCCGAGCUCUCCGCUCUGGAGAAGGCCUACCUGGGUGCUGUUCAAAAAGGGGACUAUGCCAGUGUGAAACAGGCUCUGGAGGAGGCUGAGAUCUACUUCAGGAUCAACAUCAACUGCAUUGACUCUCUGGGACGGACAGCGCUGCUCAUCUCAAUUGAUAACGAGAACCUGGAGAUCAUUGACCUGCUGCUCAGCUUUAAUGUGUAUGUGGGUGAUGCCCUGCUACAUGCCAUCCGCAAAGAAGUGGUGGGGGCUGUGGAGCUGCUGCUGAACCACAAGAAACCACGAGGGGAAAAACAGGUCCCCCCCAUGCUACUGGACAAACAGUUUUCAGACUUCACUCCAGACAUCACACCCAUCAUCCUUGCAGCCCACACCAACAACUAUGAAAUUAUCAAACUGCUGGUGCAGCGAGGGGUUUCCAUACCUCAGCCACAUGCUGUGCGCUGUAACUGUGUAGAGUGCCGGUCCAGUUCAGAUGUGGACGGCCUGCGUCACUCACGCUCUCGACUUAACAUCUACAAGGCCCUUGCCAGCCCAUCGCUCAUAGCUGUCUCCAGUGAGGAUCCUUUCCUCACGGCUUUUCAACUCAGCUGGGAGCUGAUAGAGCUCAGCACAGUGGAAAAUGAGUUCAAGGCAGAGUACGAGGAGCUGUCCCGUAUUUGUAAACAAUUUGCUAAGGACCUCUUAGACCAGACCCGAAGCUCCAAAGAGUUGGAAAUAGUCCUCAACUACCGAGACGACAUCAACCCUCUGUCGGAUGACAGCAAUAACGAUCUAGCUCGACUGAAGCUGGCUAUCAAAUAUUGUCAGAAAGAGUUUGUUGCUCAGCCAAACUGUCAGCAGCUCUUGGCAUCCCGGUGGUAUGAUGAAUUCCCGGGUUGGAGGAGACGACACUGGGCAGCAAAGCUCAUCACAUGUAUCUUCAUAGGCCUCCUCUUCCCAUUAUUAUCCAUGGUUUAUCUGAUCAUUCCAACAAGCCGCUAUGGUUUAUUCAUUCGCAAGCCCUUCAUCAAGUUCAUCUGUCACACUGCCUCCUACCUGACCUUCCUCUUCCUGCUCCUCCUGGCCUCUCAGCAUAUAACCUAUGCUGACUCCAACUUUCAGGGCCCAGCACCCACUAAAGUGGAAUGGAUGAUCCUGCCUUGGGUGCUAGGUUUUGUAUGGACUGAGAUCAAACAGAUGUGGGAUAGUGGUUUAGAAGACUACCUGGAUGACUGGUGGAAUUUAAUGGAUUUCAUAAUGAACUCCCUGUAUCUUGCCACCAUUUCUCUGAAGAUUGUUGCUUAUGUAAAGUUUAGUGGGCCAAAAGACAGAAACAGCUGGGACAUGUGGCACCCAACUUUGGUGGCCGAGGCAUUGUUUGCCAUCGCCAACAUCUUCAGCUCACUUCGCCUCAUCUGCCUUUUUACUGCCAACUCUCAUUUGGGCCCCUUACAGAUCUCACUGGGCCGCAUGCUCCUCGACAUACUCAAGUUCCUCUUCAUCUACUGUCUAGUGUUGUUAGCCUUUGCCAAUGGCCUCAACCAGCUCUACUUUUAUUAUGAGACAGAUGAGGUCGGUGAAUGCAAGGGUAUUCGCUGCAGUGGACAGAACAAUGCCUUUUCCACGCUGUUCGAGACGCUGCAGUCAUUAUUUUGGUCUGUAUUUGGCCUGAUUUCCCUCUAUGUGACCAAUGUGGAGCCAGACCAUCAAUUCACUGAGUUUGUUGGCAGUACCAUGUUUGGAACAUACAAUGUCAUCUCACUGGUAGUACUUCUGAACAUGCUUAUUGCAAUGAUGAACAACUCCUACCAGAACAUUGCUGACCACGCAGAUAUAGAGUGGAAAUUUGCAAGAACAAAAUUAUGGAUGAGCUAUUUUGAAGAAGGAGGGACUUUGCCAUCUCCAUUUAAUAUAAUACCCAGUCCAAAGUCAGUGUAUUAUCUAAUUGGAUGGGUAAAGGCUCAUUUGUUUAGAGGAGCCCAUUUAAUACGGCUUGAAACCUUUGAAACAUUAGGGAGACGUGCUGCAGUAAAUGUAAGAUUAAACCAUGAGUAUCAGGAGGUUUUAAGAAACCUUGUAAAGCGUUAUGUUGCUUCAAGGAUCAGAGAUGCAAAGACUGAGGAAGGGUUGACAGAAGAGAAUUUUAAGGAGCUUAAGCAGGACAUCUCCAGCUUCCGCUAUGAAGUCCUUGGAAUGAUGAAGGGUAAACCACAAGGGGGGGUUGGAGGUCAAGUUGCAAGCUCCACCUUGGCUUAUGCUGGAAACUCCUUUAAAUAUUCUCCCAACGUCCCUACUGAUGAGCCUCAAAUAAAGCUGAGCUUCUUUGAUGUGACGACCACUGUCCAGGACAACAGAGCUGCCAACAUCACCAGCCCAGUGGGCUCCAAAGGGCAAGCCAGUGGUUCAGUUUUUCUGUCCAGGAAAAGAGAACCGUAUAACGAGCUAUCCAAGAAUGUUUCAGAUGCUGCGUCCGAGCAGAGCAGACUCCUCUCUCAGAAAUGUGACGACUUAAAUUUGAUUCCAGAUGAAGAGACACUGUUAUCUGAUGGACAAUACCAAGAACAACUUCAGACUGAGAAAGUAAUGGUUGAAGUCAUAAAGAAAGUGGAUGAGGAAAAACAGGACAUUCAUGAGAUUGGACCCCCGGAGCGUGCAAAGGAAGUAAAAAAUGGGCCCAAAAAAUACAACAAUUAAUCUGAAUCUACAAGUCAGCGAUGUAACCCCAUGUUGUAUAUUUAAGCCUUUAAUUAUGUCACUUUUAUUCAUUCAUCAACCUGUUUAAAAUCACAGUAGACUAGACUACAAUGGAGAAUUCACUUCUGAUAAAUAGUUUAUUUAUUUCAUGUUGGGACAAGUAUGGAGCAAGUAAGUCAUUGCCACACACUACAGCAUUUAAAAAACAGUACCAAACAAACGCAACAAUAAAACACAAUACAGUACAGGAUACGACCUACCCGACUAUAAAACAAAGUCAAAGAGGAGGAGCAAUAUCAUUCAUGACCACAAGACCGAGUCCUCUUUAACAACCGUUUAGUACAUUUGUUUUAUACGUCAUAUCAGUUCAACUAACCUUUGUUUUCUGUGGUUAAUAUAAAGGUUAACUGAUAGUAAAUCAUUUCAUACCAUGUCAGUGACUUACAGAAGAUGUACAACACUGAAUGAGGACUCGUGAGUUCUGACUUGAUGCUCAUGACAUUUUAAAGCAAGUUAGUAAUUCAUUAAGUUGAGCAUGUAUUCCAAACAUUCCCUUACACCCUACCGCAUAUAUCCUCUCGUCUUCCACCUUGAACUGUCCUUUCACUGUGAUAUGCACAAGUAUCACUGUCUUCAAUCUCUGUUUAUGAAAAUACGUUAUACUCCUUGCAUGCUUCAAGUAAAAAAAAAAUAUCUUGUGAGGAGUAAAACUCAAAAGAUCUGUAUGCAAAAAUAAUUAGCCUCUCCGAAAAUAAACCUCAAAACAAUAAUUAACUGAGGGAGGAAUAAGGCAAAAACCAGGUUUAUAUGUAUCCAAUGCGUUAAUAUUGUAUCCACUUUAAUGAGCGAUGUGGCACCUAUGAAAUACAAUUUAGGUCAGCUUCUUUUUCACACCUUUGCUUCUCUAACUUGGUUUUAGUGAGAGGGAAAGCUUUUCUAAUUCUGUUCUUGUAACACAAACUAGGAUUGACUCCUCCAAAAUGUACACCAAAUACUAUACAUUGCAGGUGUAAGGUCCGUCUUGUCAUCUGUGUGUUCAAUUUCAUGACAUAGACUUCUAUCUUCAAUUUAAAAUUUUAAAAGGCAGUGCUUCCCACUUAAAAUCUUUAAAAAACAAACUGAUUCAGUUCUCAGCCUGAUGCAUGUUCCCCCCCCACGUCAACAAAUACACAUUAACUUAACUAACAUUAAGAUUUAGCGAAUAAGGCACAAGAAUGCAGAUGCAAAUGAGUGAAAAGUCUUAAUUGAUUGACAUUUUGUCAUGACAUUUGCCUCAUGGGGCGUAAGUAUAGUGCAGUGGUUACAGCCCUCAUCGUAUAGACCACAGCCAUUCAAAUAUGACCUCAUCCCCCACUCUCUCCUCCCAACAUCUCCUCUCUCUCUUCAGUUGUCCUAUCCAUUAAAGACAAAAAUGGCCCACACAAAAUUACUUACAGAAUUAAAGAAAAAAUAAAAACUGCUGAAAUCUUCUCUCUCAUCUUGUGUACUGAUCAAAAAAGCGAAUCUAUCUGGAUCUGAACACAAAAUAGUCCCUCUCACAUACACAGUUUACUUUGAAAUUCUCCUGAGAGAUUUUUGUCAGAUACGAGAGAAGCAUUACUUAAGGCUCUGCUGCACUCUCUUAUUCAGUGAAUACUGUAAAUGUUAUGUGGUGCAUUAUUCAUAUGCUGCUUGCCCACUCAGUUGUAAACUGCCUCUGCCUUUGGUAUAAACUUUAAAUUAUUCUUAAAUCUGCAGCUCUAACAAUGAACUGCAGGCUUCCUUACAAUAUUCCAAAGAAACUUUUUCCAUAUUUGAAGUGACAAAUGAUGUAUAAGAUGUAUAUGUGUAAUGAAAGUAACUUAUUUAUGUAUUACCUCUGCUACGUUUCAUAGCUUUUCCCACACUGGUUAAAUUGCAGCUUAAGUUUUAGUAUAAGUAUUCAAAGUACAAUAAUUAUACAAAACUCAAUGUAUUGUUUUGGCUGACACUGCCCUGAUGAUCUAAAAUAUUUCUACUUUGAUUAUAAUCAACAUUCAAAUGCUGAAUACAUGCUUAUUCCCCACUAACAGUGAUCCAGUGAUGUAAUAAAACAACUCUGAGAGAUUGAAUGAUUCUGUGAUUAGAAGUGCAGUAAGCUCUUGGUGAAGAUGUUUAUACUUGCAAGGCAACAAGCGCCAUCUAUUGAUGGAUAAAGAACUAGUGCACUGCUCUGGGCUUUACAAAAAUGUUAUAUUCAUUAUGAUGUAUAGAGACCUAUAACUUGUACUAUUAAAAAGGAAAACUUCCAAA